AUGUCGGCCCUGGUGAGGAUUACCACGGGCAUCAUGCCCCAACACAGCCGUGUGGGGAUGUCAAGGGCUAUGGCGCAGUUUGGGGAGGUGGUUCAUUGCCACAAGCCGCCCUAUUCUGGCAUUCCAGGUGAGGAUUUCGUGAACGUCCGUUUCGGUACGCAGGAAGCCGCCGACCGCGCCUAUGCGGCCUUGAAGGCGGGUCAGGUCUUCGUGGAUGGCUUUCCCGUGGGCGUGGGGCCGGCAGGUGGCAAGGGAGGUAACGACGGUCCCUUGGCCAUCUCCAACUCCGGUGGCGGGGGCCCUCCACGGCGCCCCCGCAGCCGCAGCCCGCCCCGGCUCUACGGCCGGAACCGGGCGCGGAGCCCCAUGGGCCGCGGCCGUUCGCCCGACGGCGGCGGAUCGCGACGCUUUGCGCAGCGCAGCCCACCGCGGGAACGAAGGAAAAGGAGUCCACCAGGUGAGGCGCCCCGUGCCAACUUCCCAUCGCGCAAUGACCCCAAGAGCCCCAGCCCGCGACGCCUGGUACGAGAGAUGGGAGGCCGUCGCUCUCGCAGUCGCUCCUAUGCCCGUGACCGGCGCUGGGACGAACGCGCCAGCGAGUUCUCGGGAGGUGAAGAACCCCUUCUUCCGAGCAGAUCGCAGUCCAUCGAUGGUGGCCGCAUACUGAGGGACGACCGCAACGUCCAAGUGGAUCUAGUUGAAGCCGCAGGUUAUGCCAAACGACCCAAUUGGCGGAAGAGAUAUCGCCGCGUGCUGCCCUUUGAUGAGGCACGCCGCUGUGUGCAAGCCAUUGGUUUCGGCUGCCGUAAUGAAUGGGAUGAUUGGGUGGCCGAUGGCAAAAAGUCACCUUUCUUGGGACCCUAUGUGCCAAAUGAUCCUGAAGCAAUGUACGCGGAGGAAUGGGAGGGUUGGGACGACUUCCUAGGGAUUAUCUUGGACUUCAAGGAGGCCCGUCUCGUUUCCCGGAUGUUGGGCUUGCAGAGCCAAGAAGAUUGGUAUAGCUUCGUGGAGGCUGACGCCGUCCGUUUACGUAGCCUGCGCCUACCGGCGCUUCCCUCGGUCUACUAUGCUGCUGAAUGGCAAGGUUAUGAGGACUGGUUGGCCUUGCCAAAUGAGACCCUCUUUGUUCCCAAAGAAUGGAAUGAGAGGGGCGAUGACGGCGAUGAUGGCUGA